AUGCGCUCCUCCAUAAUAUCUUCAGUAAUAUCAGUCUCCAGUUUACUGGCAAGUAUCACGUUUGCAGCACCAGUCAACAAACGCGAUUAUGCACCUUUCCCCCUCGCCAACGGCUUCCCAAACCCCAACCAAGAAGCCAUCCUUCAGAUCCAAAAAGACGGUCACGGCACCCUACCCAACGGCCCCCCACCCCCUACAAUCAGCCCGGAUGGCGUCAUAAAUCUCAAGCUCAUUGCGCUAAACGAGCUGUUUGAAGUGGCCUUCUUUACCGAACUUAUGGCCAACGUAACCGACAAAGCCCCAGGCUACGAUCUCGGAGACAGACAGGGCUACAUCAUUGAAUCCUUAAAAGCCAUUGUCGCACAAGAAGAGAUGCACGUCCUGAACGCAAACGAAGCAUUGAAGCACUUCAAUCAAGUUCCCAUCGAACCCUGCAAAUACAACUUUCCCGUUACCGACUACGCAAGCGCCAUUGCUCUAGCAGGAACGUUCACAGAUCUCGUUCUUGGUACUUUGCAAGACGUCAACGAACUUUUUGCUCGCUCGCAGGACUUUGGUCUUGUACGUGCUGUAUCGUCCGUGAUAGGAAAUGAGGGCUCUCAAGAAGGUUUCUUCCGGGUUGAGCAAAAGAAGCGACCAAGCGCACAGCCCUUUAUGACGACCGCAGCGCGCGACUUUGCUUUUACAGCGAUACAAGACUUUGUUGUAAAGGGCAGUUGCCCAAAUAUCGACACUAUCCCGCUCAAGACAUUCAAGCCUUUGACGGUCGAAACCAAGGAUAUAAAGGCUGAGACGCAGAGUAUUAAGUUUUCGUUUUCGAUGCAGGAUGCGGGAAUGUUCGAGAUUGAUCACCUCAAGCUUGUUUGGAUCAAUGGGCAGAAUGUGCCAGUUGCCAAAGGAUUUGAAAAUGUGCAGAUGAUGGACGACAGAGUCAUGUUUGAGGCUGCGUUUCCGUUUGAUGAGUUUGACAUGGAAGGGUUGACUAUCGCGGCUGUGACGAUGGGUGCGGAUACGUUCGAUGGUGCCGGCGAGGUUGCAGAAAGAACGGUGUUUGGGCCUGGACUAAUUGAGCUUGAUUGA